CAAGCGCUGGCCGCCCUUAGACAGAGGAUGAAAAAAGCCGCGAGUAAUUCAGCCACUCCUCUUCCUGAGAGAGUGAAAGUAGCUCCGUUCAGGAAAACUAUCAGAAGAAGGAAAACAGUGAUGGCAGAUUAUCAGGAGUUAUUCGACUGCUCCAUCUGUUUGCAGCAGCUCAAGGACCCGGUGACGACCGCCUGCGGACACAGCUACUGCAUGAGCUGCAUCAACAGCUUCUGGGACCAGGACGCUGGGCAGAAAGGGGUGUACAGCUGCCCCCAGUGCAGGCAGGCUUUCCGCCCCAGGCCCGCCCUGAAGAGGAACACGCUGGUGGCCAGCCUGCUGGAGAAACGCCAGGCGCCGGGCGGUGAGGAGCGGUCAGGAGGUGCGGCGGCGCACUCACCGGCCGCGCCUGGAGAGGUGGACUGCGACGCCUGCACAGGCACAAAGAGGAAAGCUGCCAUGUUCUGCCUGGUGUGCAUGGCCGCCUACUGCGAAACCCACCUGAGCCCGCACUUUGAGGUGCCUCCUCUGAGGAAGCACAGGCUGGUCCAGGCCUCCCAGGCGGUGCAGGAGAGCAUCUGCUGCCGACACGACAAACUUCUGGAGCUCUACUGCCGCACCGACCGCCAGUGCAUCUGCCUGCUGUGUGCGGUGGGGGAGCACAAGGGCCACGACACUGUCUCAGCUGCAGCGGAGAAGACCGAGAAGAAGAGAGAGCUGGAAGCAGCCAAGCAGCAAAGUGUGGACAGGAUGCACAUUUCAGAGCAGAGAGUGAAGGAGCUGAACCAGGCUGCAGACUCUGUAAGGGCUGCAGCAUGGGAGACAGUGGAUCACUUUGAGCGGGUGUGUAUGGAACACAUCCGGUUGUACAUCUGGGCCAUCGAGAGAAAGUGCGCCGAGAUGAGGGCCAAAGUUGGUGAGACGGAGAAAGCUGCCGUGGACUGUGCCAGCGGUCUGCUCGGGCAACUGCAGCGUGAAGCGUCUGAGCUGAGGAGGAGACAGGCUGAACUCAACCAGCUGUCGCUCCUGGACGAUCCCGUUCAGUUUCUUAAGCGUUUGCAGGCCCUCGAUGAGCUCCCCGAAUCCUCAGCCUCACCCAGAAGCCUUGAAACAGCGACGAAAUUCAUCACUGCACAGAAGUCCAAACUGGAAAAGAUGCGGAAAGAAGAAGAGGAUAAAAUACUGAAGGUUCAGACGGACAACCUAUUGUUAAGGUUUCCCAACCUGCAAGAGAGCACAGCAGCAACAACAACAUCCAGGCGAUAUCUUUUGGAUAUACAUAAAAACUACAAACUGGAGGUGGAUCCCAACACAGUGGCUGCAUGUCUUCAUUUGUCUGACAAUAACAGAGUGAUAUCAUGGGGCAACAGUGACCAGGCUCACCCCACCCACCCUGACAGGUUCACCUUCUACCACCAGGCCCUGUGCAAAGACGGCCUGGCUGACGACCACUACUGGGAGGUGGAGUGGGACAGCGGCGUUGUUGAAGUGGCUGUUUCAUACAGAGAUAUAAGCAGGAAGGGCUCAGGGAAUGAUUGUGCUUUUGGACACAAUAAUAUGUCUUGGAGUUUAGUCUGCUCUCCGUCUGGCCUUACAUUUUGGCACAACAACAACUACAAAGCCAACAUCCCUCCACCUCACUCCCGUAAAGUGGGAGUGUACCUCAACUACCGAACAGGAAAUCUGUACUUCUACGGCAUUUCUGACUCUCACUAUCUGACCUGCCUGCACCAAAUCCAAACCACAUUCACUCAGCCUCUCUACCCCGGGUUUUGUGUUGAUGUAGGUGCAACACUGAAACUAUGCAAACAGUAGACAGCAAUAAAUAGUAUCAGCAUUUCUGGCUAUGUGGCUAUUUGCUCUUUUAUUAUUCUGAGAUACAAAGAAAGAUACAAGUAUGAGAGUGAAAUUUGAUGCGAGAGAAAGAUUUAUAUUAAUCUACAAAACUGAGCUCAUGUAUUCAUGACUAAAAACAAUGACUCACCUGUCACACACUGCUGAGGUACAAAUAAUACUUUCAUAAUACAUUUUUGCUAGUGACACUAUGGGCCCUAUUUUACACUCGGUGCAAAGCAGCACCAAGCGUGAUGCAAGAGUCUUUUUAGUUUCCAACCUGCGCAGGUGUCAUUUUCCCAUCCAGCGCCCAAAUCGUGUAGAAGGCAAAUGCUCUUGUGCCUUUCUGCGUGCCCAUGGGCGUGUCGGGGUUAAAAUGAGGUGUGGUUGGGGCAGCACAUUGUUGGUGCAUUGAUAUCUUGGGGCAGUUGAAAGCGAUUGCACGAUUAACAAACAAACCAGAUCUGAAUGCAGUGGCGCCUAUGUAAGUGCCUACAUUUUGCUUGUUACAUACACAGGACUGCCUGCUUCACCUCAGGGAGCUUUGGAGGAAUCCUUCUACUGCCGUACAUGAUCUGCUCGUGCACCAAGUGAAAGUGCACGAGCAGAUCGGCGUCCUCUGCAGAAAAGUGUUACCUUACCUGGCAAACAAACCAUUAUAAUAGCAAUCUGCAAAAGUGUAAGCGCACCUGGUUUUUAAAGGGAAUGGGAGACGGUGCUCUGAUUAGUUUACUGCAUGUUAUGCCCAAACACAGCCAUGAUUAAUUUAGAGAUUAAGCACAGCCUUUUUGAACUAUGUGCUGACACUUUUCUGCCUUUAAAAUAGCAAAAGUGGACAUCCUAAAUGCACUUGUGUCAUGCUCUUCAGACUCCGUGCUUAGAUUGUUAAAAUAAAGCCCUAAAACUACAAGGGCCUAUUACAAAAAAAAAGAACUUUUGAUUUUGUUAAAUUUUUUAUAUUCCAGUUUUUCAGGACUCUUU